GCAGUAAAUGAGCUUUUUGUAAUGUACAAAGUAGUACAGGAAAAUAAAAGUAAAACAUGUUUUUUUCCUUUUUUUCCGUCAGGAAAGAGACUACAAGAAUGGAUCUCUGUCAUCUUAUGCUUCUCUCUGAUCGGUUUCAAUUUUUACAAUCUUCUUUUCUACUUGCGACUGGAACACACGCCCUCCGUUAUUGUUGGGAUAUUUGCAGGAGUCAUUACGGCUGACUUUCUGUCAGGAUUAUUUCACUGGGGAGCAGAUACCUGGGGAUCUGUGGAGCUACCCAUAGUUGGAAAGGCUUUCAUCAGACCCUUUAGAGAACAUCAUAUUGACCCCACAGCAAUCACCAGACAUGAUUUUAUAGAGACCAAUGGAGACAACUGCUUCAUGACUUUAGUCCCGUUGGCAAACAUGGCAUACAAGUUUGUUUCUUUUUCCCCAGAGGCAUUAUAUGAAACAUGUCCUUGGGAGUGUUAUGUCUUUGCCCUUAUCAUCUUCAUAACCAUGACGAACCAGAUUCACAAGUGGUCUCACACGUACUUUGGUCUUCCACGCUGGGUCAUCUUUCUACAGGACUGGCACAUCAUCCUGCCUCGGAAGCAUCACAGGAUCCAUCACGUUUCUCCACAUGAGACGUACUUCUGCAUUACAACUGGUUGGCUGAACUAUCCAUUAGAGAAGAUAAGAUUCUGGAGGUGUUUGGAGAACAUUAUCCAAGGAGUUACUGGGGAGAAGCCAAGAGCAGAUGACAUGAAAUGGGCUCAGAAAAUUAAAUAACUGUUGCCAGCUUUCUGCAAUCCUUAACUUGUUGCCAAUGUUGUUUUUUAAA